UGAAACCUAAGAAAAUGUUAUAUGAACGAUCAGAUUGGCUAAAGGAAAUGUAUCAAAAUUAUUUUAAAGAUGAAACAAUUUCUAUACUUGGAUAUAGAUCACAAGGAAGUAGACAAGAUUUAAAUGCACGCGAUAAUAGAUUAAAUAUUAUUCUUAGACUCAGAGAAGGAAGGAGUUGA